GCUCCAAUUCAAUCGUCAUAACUCGUCCAACUUUUUCAACAUGGCGGAGCUGCUGUUGGAUCCCGAUAUCCGGAUAUGGGUUUUCCUUCCAAUAGUCGUCAUCACGUUUCUAAUCGGAAUAGUCAGACACUACGUCUCAAUCCUCAUCUCAUCGACGAAGAAAGUGGAGCUUCAGCAAGUCCAAGAUAGCCAAGCCUUGAUCAGAAGCCGAUUCCUCAGGGAAAAUGGAAAAUACAUUCCAAAACAGAGCUUCCUGAUGCGUAAGAACUUCUUCAACCACGAGGAGACCGGGUACUUCAAGACCCCCAAGAGGGCGCCAGUGAUGCAGAACCCCAUGACAGACCCGUCCAUGAUGACCGACAUGCUCAAGGGGAACCUGACGAACGUCCUGCCCAUGAUCGUCAUCGGCGGCUGGAUCAACUGGACCUUCUCUGGCUUCGUCACCACAAAGGUUCCCUUCCCACUGACUCUGCGCUUCAAGCCUAUGCUUCAGCGUGGGAUUGAGUUGAUGUCCUUGGAUGCCUCGUGGGUGAGCUCGGCGUCAUGGUAUUUCCUGAACGUCUUUGGACUACGCAGCAUCUACGCCCUGGUGCUUGGGGAGAACAACGCCGCAGACCAGACACGAGUGAUGCAGGAUCAGAUGUCGGGCGCAGCGUUGGCCAUGCCUCCGGACCCCAAGCAGGCGUUCAAGAACGAGUGGGAGGCCCUCGAGAUUUGCGAACACCAGUGGGCCAUGAAGAACAUUGAAGAGGAGCUCAUGGGCAAUGUCACCUGCACGGACAAGCCAGCAACAACACACAAGAAGUACGACUAAGUCAGAAGAGCAACAUUUUUCUCUUUAUAUUUUAUUGUUUGCGGCCCUAUACACUUUUGUACAUCAAGUGACAUUUUCGAGCAACACUGUCAUGAUUGUGCCCCCGACACAUGUUUAUAGGCUCGUUUCAUAAACUGUUUAUUUGCUCAUGGCUCGCAGAGGGCUUUUUUCCUUUUUUUUUUCUUGAGAUUGAAUAAAGGUUGCAUUUGUGUGGUGA